CCUUCUAGCUUAUCGAAACUGUAAUUAUUUCUGCUGAAAGGUGAAAGCCUGCGACAGAGUCGCUGCGGUCGUUAGCUCCGCCAGUAGCUGUUAGCUCAGCCCUGCAAACAAAUCUCCCUAAACACUUAUCUAUAUCUCUCCCUAAACAUUUAUUUAUAUCUCUCCCUAAACAGUUAUGAGUAAUACAUCGUUUAGGCUUUCAUUGGUGUGAUUAUUGUAUUUUUCUGUAAUCAUUUAGGCUGUUAUGUGAAGCUUUACAGGUGUUAAGUUACAUUUAUACAUAAUUAGGACUCCAGGUUUUAUUAUAAUGUCUCUGUUUUCUUUCCUUUUCUGUAGUAUUCUCUCUCCUUUUCUGUAGUCUUCUGUCUGUCAGUUGGUGUUGUAUGAUGUGAGGCGGUAAAACAGAUAUUUGAUGGGCGGUUAAACAGCAGAUCUGCCGGUACAAACCUGUUCAAAGGUCAGACUCGGGAGGAAACUUGACAGUUUAUUUUUAACUGCUUUCACUGAGCUGAGGACACGACACUAGCUGAGUCUUGCUUCUCCAUUUAGAAAAACUACUGUAUCACAUAGUUAAUGAUUAUUCCGAGAUCCAGAGCUCCGGGUGUCGGUAUAUUUAGUUUGCUGGGAUCUCUUUUAUUUAGUUUCACACCCAAUGAUUGUGUUUUAAGCGUCACAAGCUGUCUGGUCACUGCCUGACUGAUGCCUUCACCAUGAUGCUGAGCUGCACUACGCUGGUCAUCGUCCUCCUGCUUUCACAGGCAAGAAGCUUCCUAAGCCCCCUGGAGGACAGCAAUGUGCCUGAAGAGUGGGUUCUGCUCCAUGUGGUUCAGGGCCACAUCGGGGCAGGAAACUACAGCUAUCUGCGCCUCAACCACGACGGGCGCAUCAUUUUGCACAUGCAAAGCCUCAAGGGAGAUGCAGACCUGUAUGUGUCAGAUAAAACCCUGCAUCCAAAGUUUGACACCUACAAGCUGCAGUCGGCCACCUGUGGCCACGAUAUUGUGGUCGUUCCAGGGGACUUCACCAGGCCCGUGGGGAUCGGCAUUUACGGCCACCCGUCUCAUCGGGAGAGCGAGUUUGAAAUGCGAGUGUUUUAUGAUGAGACGGUACACCAGGACCCAUUUGAAAAGGGUUCAUACGAAGAGGAACAUAAGCAAAAGAAAUCUGGUCAUUCAGCAGAGCGUGAAUUUGAGGAAGAAGAGUCAAUCCUUUGGACUAUCCUCAUUGGACUUUUAAAGAUAAUACUUGAAAUACUGUUUUGAAAAUAGUUUUUUGUUUCUGCUAUGUUUCAGGGGAAGAUUCUGUUGUUGAUUUAUUACAUAGAAAAGCUUUUUUUUUUUCUCUUUCCUUUCUCUCUCCUUUGUUAACGUUCAGACUUAAGUCAGGUUUAAAAGCAUAAAUUGUAGUUUAGACUUUGUUGAAUCACUGUGCAGAAUUCACCAGUGAAGCUAGGCCUUUUAGACGAUGUUUCCCAAAGUCUUUUUAUGUGAUAAGCAAGUGUGAAACAGUCUGUGACAGUUGGCGGGGUGUAACAUUGCCUCAGCAUUCUCAAAUCUAUUUAAUGCCCAUGACCUGAUUUUUACAUGUGGUACCAUUUAUGGAGGUAAUUGUUUCUGGAGUCUUCAGCCAUGGAUGUCGUCCAUCUUGAUGCAGCUCUGUGGUGAACCACGUUGUGAAGUGGCCCCAUCGCAAACUAACUAUGUAAAAAAUGAUAUAAAUGUAAAUCUGCUGUCCUCAUUCUGAGUGCAAGUGUGUUAUUGGUUUCACAUAUCUGAACUACGGUUUCUAUGCCCUUACAUUGAGGUAAAUGUUAAAGUCAGUAUUAACAAACUCAGACCACAGACUCGGCCACUGGUCUGUUCAGCAGUUUCUGAUGUGCAACAUCUGGAUCCCUUCUCUGUCUGUGCUCGCUCUCUUUACUCCAGCAGACAUUUAUGCCAAAAUGUCACUACACACUUACAGAAAAGAGCUAAACGGCUUUUAACAUUUUAAAUAAUAGAAUAGGAUUGAACGAGGGCCUGUUGACUUGAGGGUGUUAUUUGCUACAGAAUGAGGACGGCAAACUUAUAUUCCUUUUUUGUGCAUCUUUGACAGCAUGUCUUAUUGUACUGGUACCGAGAGAAGCUAAUAACUGGGCAUUUACAAAUUACUUUCAGAUGAACUGAACAGAUUCUUAAGUCCUGAAGUUAAUGAAGUGAGUAACUCAGUUGUGAAUGAAAAAAGAAAACCCACUCGUUUGAUUUAACCUGUCUUUACCACCGAGUUCUGUUUAGGCCUUUACUUUGUCUUUGUGACAUAGAUGGUUGAUUUUAUGGUUGGGCAUCAAUUAAAAGUUUGUUUUUGUUUUUUUUCCAAAAGGCAGAUCAUUAAGUUAAAUGGAAAUUAUUCUUCUUUUUCAAUUAAUAUUUUUUUCAGGCUGCAAAGCUGAUUUAUUACACCAGUAGCAACAUUUUAUUUGGGUUCAUCACUGUUUUUGCCUGUUGGACGAGGCAUCAGCUUUCUAACACAUCUGCAGUCCUGGGUAUCACAUCUAAACUUUGUUACAAUUGAACAUAAAUGCUAAAUAGUGCCUUCAGAUAAUCUCUUGGAACAGUCCGAGCCCUUAUCCUGUCUCCAGACGAUUCAACCAGGUUUAAAAAUAAAAAUGUUUUGCAUA